AUGUGUGUUUACUACACCGAUCUAUGCCCGCGAGGCGAUAUUACUCUUAUUCACACCACUGCCUGCCGAAAUGCACAUCGUCGAAAAAAAUACUGCGAACUCGGUGAUCAAACAGCACAUAACAGGUGCCAGCGAAAAUUGAUGUCAACGGAGUCAUGUCCCGUAUGCCAUGAUUUAAGGUACCCAGCUGUGAGACCAGGAGGAGAUGAAAUUGAUGGUGAUGGUGACGGUGACGGUGACGGUGACGAUGGCGAUGGCGAAGACGACGACGAUGAUAAUGAUGAUGACGAUAGUGGCAGCAGGAAAAGAAAAAUCGCGCGAAUAGGAGCUUCUAAGCAGAGUUCUUUAACUGCGAUGCUAGCAGAGAAGCGUAAUCGAGUUCCAAAAAUUAUUGCGCCAAGAAAGAGAGCUACAAACAACACAAGAAAACGUGGGCCAGAUAAUCAAAAGGACUUCUCGAGAAAUGCACUACUAGCACAAGCUGAAGGAAGACAACAAUACCCACUGCGCCCCAAGAUAUCGUACAUGGAUUCAAGGAUUAAGGCCGAGAAAGUGGCAAGAGAUAGAUCUUCGAGAGAUGAAUAUGAAGAAGAUGAGGAAUUCUGA